AUGGAUCCAAGGUCUUCUCCUUCUAAGAAGCGUCUUCUUGCCGAUCCGAAGCCGGAACAACGCUCCGUCACCGCUUCUCCGGACUCCGCCUUGUCUUCCGACUCAUUAUCGGAUCGAUUCAAGAGGAAAACCAGGGAACUCCCAAAUUUAUCCGAUUGUCAUGGAUGUGGACUCCGAAUCGACAACUCCAAUCCCAAAGAAAGGCUACGAACGCUAGACAGCGUUUGGCGAAUUGUACUUCUCUGCAAGAAAUGCAUUAAACUUGUCAAUUCACGCCAAACAUGCCCUUAUUGUUUCAAGGAAAUCCCGGGAAAGGAAACAGAUUAUUUUCAGUGCGGUGAUUGCGAGCACCGAAUUCACAGAGAUUGUGUUGUGAAAUUGGGGGUUUCGCUCCGUGGUCCUAUUGCUCGGAGUCAGAAUUUUCAGUUUGUGUUGAUUGGUGAUUCUAGGGUUACGGGUUCCUCUAAGGUUUUGGAGAAAAAUAAAGUUGCUAGUUCGUUAGAAUACAUGGUAAAGGAUGCAAAUUGUGUGGUGAAUUCGGUUAGAGUUUUUGAAAGGAGGAAGAAGAAGAAUAAGAUUGGUUUAGAACAGGGUGAUUCUAGGGUUACAGGUUCUUCUAAGAUUUUGGAGAAAAAUAAAGUUGCUAGUUCAUCAGAAUGCGUGGUAAAGGAUGCAAAUUGUGUGGUGAAUUCGGUUAGGGUUUUUGAAAGGAGGAAGAAGAAGAAUACGAUUGAUUUAGACCCAGGGGAUUCCAGGGUUACAGAAGGUGAUUCUAGGGUUACAGAAGGUAAUUCUAGGGUUUUGGAGAUAAAUAAAGGUGCUAAAUCGUUAGAAAAUGUGGUAAAGGGUGCAAGUUGUGUGUUGGAAAAGAAAAUCAAUGUGGCAGCAAAGGCAAAAGAGAACGCAUUGAGGAAAGCUGUGACGGCAAAACGGGCGGUGGAGUUGGCUAAUAAUGCUUUGCAUUUGAUGGCCAAGAAGGACGAGAAUUGGAAAAGGAGCGAAUCUUUGGUGACAAGUAGUGGUAGAACUGAUAAUACUGAGACUAGGGUUGUGGAUGAUGCAGAAUUGGCAUUUCAGUUACAUCGCGCUAUGAAUAGCUCACCUAGGAUUUCUAGGAAUUUGUGUUCGAUAAAUUCGAGUUGUUUGGCUGUUCCAAAGAUACGGGAUUGUAAUAGUAAUUUGGCUGGUAAAUUGUUGCAUUUUAGAAGUUGUGGUAGUGCUAGUGUUUCCGGGAAGCUUGAGGUGGUUACAAAUAGUAAGUUUAAUGAGAAACUUGAUAGAAUUGUUUCCGAGUGUUCAGUUUGUGACAAGGAUUUUGACAGUCAUUCUAAUGAUGAUUUGGGUGAGUUAAAACCGAAGUUGAAAACAUAUACUAGGAAAAGUAAAAGGAGGAAGGAAUGCCUAGAAAAUGGUGAGAUUGGUAGUCACUCUGGCGAUGGUCAUAGAAGGCAGUCUGAAUCUCAGUCUUGCCAGAAAGAACAAAAGUCAAGCAAUGAGUUGGGUCUAAAUGAUAUUACAGUUCGAUGUCUACGGAAGUUUGAUGGAAAUAAUACUGUGCUGAAGGAUGGAAAAUGCAAUGGAAAGCCUGACCGUUACUUGUUAAAAUAUAGCAAGAGGCCUACAGGCUUGAAAGAAGUUUCAAGGCAUUGCACGGAGUUUCUAUGUGAUGAUGCGUAUCUUGAAAAUCCUGUCCUGCUCCCGGAUUUCCUGUAA